AUGGCAUUGGUCUUGUCGCCCCAAUUUGAUUUUCGCAAGACGUAUUUUCUCUUUGCCGGCAUUGCUGGUGUCAACCCGCACUACGCCACUGUUGGCAGCGUAGCAAUUGCUCGCUACGCAGUCCAAGUUGCUCUUCAAUACGAGAUUGACCCCCGAUCGUUGCCGCAAGAUUGGCCAACAGGCUACAUCUCCUACGGGCGUGAGUAUCCCCUUCAAUACCCCUCGGUGGUGUACGGGACAGAGGUUUUUGAAGUCAAUGAAAAUCUUCAACAAGCAGCAUUUUUAUUGGCAUCUAAAUCCAAUCUCAACGACCAAAAGGGACCUCAAGAAUAUUGGUCAAAGUACACCGGUGGCGGAUUUGGCGAAGCUAUGGCUACGAAGGCACCCCGUGUUGUCAAGUGCGACAUCGCUACUAGCGAUGUCUAUUACUCGGGGACCAAACUCGCCGUCGCUUUCGAGAAUACAACAGCAUUGUGGACCAACGGCUCUGGAAUAUAUUGCAUGAGUGCUCAAGAAGAGAAUGCCACUCUGGAAGUAAUGGUCAGGGCAGCAAUCGAAGGUCUCGUUGAUUUUGCGCGCAUCAUACUUGUAAGAGCUGGGUCGAAUUUUGACCGACCGCCGCCUGGUCUCUCGGAUUGGGAACACCUCAGGCGGCCGGAUAAGAAUGGGUUCAUGAUUGCCAUUGACAAUCUGUAUAAUGUCGGCAUCGACAUAGUUCGCGGCAUCGUCUCCGAUUGGAACUGCUCAUACCAGCGAGGAAUAGAGCCGACUAAUUACAUAGGCGACAUCUUUGGCAGUCUAGGUGGAGACCCAGACUUUGGGUUUGGAAGUAUCACGCAAGGCAGGAAGGUCGAUCCAGGGGGUUACAACCUUGAUUUAGCUGCUGCUGAGAUGCAGAGACGGAAAGGUUUCGGACUCAGGGCCAUGCUUAAACAACCCUGGUUAUGGCAGGAUCUCACAAUCCUGUUCUUCUUGCCAGAUGCCAACAGUGCAGUCGUGAUUCUAGAGCUCAAUGAUCCAAGCAAACGCCAUGGACACAGCGUACAACCAGAUUAUGAAGCCCUCGGACCAGCGAAGAUGAGCAACGAGGCACUGUCUAUGACGUAA